AUGAUUUCCAACUCUAUCCUUGUAGCCGGCGUCGUAUAUUUUCUUGCAUUGUAUGCUCAAUCAGGCUUUGGCUUGACGGUCACUCGACCUGCUGAAGGAGACGUAUGGGAUCCGUCGCUUCCAUUGAAUAUACAAUGGACAACUGUUUCGGGUGACCCACAGUUGGUCGAUGUUGAGCUUACCAAUAUGGACCCAGCGACAUUUCCUGCGGGAUUCAAACAUGAAGUUCAAGAGGACUUAUCGACCGCCACUUUGGCCGCUACUAUCAGCGACAUCCCAGGUCUCGUAAACGGUGGUGGUUAUCGUGUGAAUUUCGUCAAACCCGAUAGCGACGAGAUUUUGGCUCAGUCCGCUCCUUUCACCAUCACCGUCGGUGGUGGUCCAGGUGCAAUGAAUGGCCCGAUGACGAACACUACUCUCUCUAAUUCAACCAUGGGGAACAUGACCAACAUGACUCAUGACAUGAAUAACAUGACUCAUGACAUGAACACCAUGAAUCACACAAACACUAUCGGCGCAAAUACCCAAACUCUUGCCGGUAAUCAUUCGUCAAACCCUAUGAGUGCUGGAAAUGUGCUUCAACCUAUCCACAUCAUGGGAUUGGUUUUAUCUAUGUGUACCAGUGUUCUUCUUUCCUGA